AUGCCUCACAGCACGGAAUCCCUCAAGCUCAACAGCAACAACCUAUCUUUGAUUUCUUCGCAGCAGGGAGAGCUGAAGGUGAAAACCCCUUCCUACGACCGCAAUGGCGUGAAGGAGGGUAUCGUCCACGUCGGCGUGGGCGGCUUUCACAGAGCUCAUCUGGCCGUCUAUAUCGACCAGUUGAUGCAAAAGCAUGAGCAGCGCAACUGGGCCAUCUGCGGUGUCGGUCUGCGACCCAACGAUGCCGCUAUGCGCGAUGUCCUGGUCGCUCAGGACUAUCUGUAUACCGUCAUUGAGCGCUCUGCCAAGGGCAGCUUCGCCAAUGUCGUCGGCAGCAUCAACUCGUUCCUUUAUGCGCCAGACGACCGCGAGGCCGUUAUUGCCAAGAUGGCCCACCCCGACACGCACAUUGUGUCCUUGACCAUCACUGAGAGCGGCUACUACUACAACGAGAACACCCACGAGUUGCAGUCUGAGCACCCCGACAUCCAGCACGAUCUGGCCAACGAGAACGCUCCCAUCAGCACCUUUGGCUUCCUGUACGCCGCGAUGGCUAGGCGCCACGCGCAGGGCCUGAAGCCCUUCACCGUCAUGUCCUGUGACAACAUGCAGAAGAACGGCUCCAUCACCCGUCACAUGCUCGAAUCCUUUGCGCGCCUCCGCAACCCGGAGAUCGCCAAGUGGAUCGCCGAGGAGGGUGCUUUCCCCAACGCCAUGGUGGACCGCAUCACCCCCAGCACGUCCCAGAACGACAUCAAAUCGUUGUCCGACAACUUUGGCAUCGAGGACGCGUGGCCCGUUGUCACCGAGCCCUUCAUGCAGUGGGUUAUCGAGGACAAGUUCUGCGACGGCCGCCCGCCUUUUGAGAAGGUCGGCGUGCAGGUCGUCAAGGGCGUGCACGAGGUCGAGCAGUUUGAGAAGCACAAGCUCCGUCUGCUCAACGCCAGCCACUCCGCCAUGGCCUACCCGGGACAGCUUGCCGGCUUCAAGUACGUCCAUGAGGUCAUGGAGCACCCCACCUACCGCAAGUUCGUCUGGCAGAUGAUGCAGCAAGAGGUCAAGCCCCUGCUGCCCGAGAUUGACGGCGUCGACAUCGACCAGUACUGCAACACCCUCAUGGAGCGUUUCUCCAACCCCACCAUCAUGGACGGAAUCCCCCGUGUUGCCCUGGGCGCCUCGGGCAAGAUCCCCCAGUUCAUCAUGCCUUCCAUUGCUGAGCAGAUCUGGGCGACGGGCCCCUUGCGUCGUCUGUCUUUCGUCGCCGGUGCUUGGUUCCUCUACCUCAAUGGCGUCGACGACGCGGGCAACGCCUUCGAGGUCGAUGACCCGAUGCGGGAGGAGCUACAGGCCCUGGCGAAGGCCGGCGGUAACGACCCCCGCCACCUCCUCAGCGUCAAGGUGCUGUUUGGUGACGACCUGCGAGGCGACGAGCGCUUCAUCAACGAGGUCUCCAAGGCUAUGGAGCUGAUUUCCAAGGACGGCGUCAUGGCAACUCUUCCCAAGUACGUCGACUGA